AAUCCGGAAGGCUUUUUCGGGUUUCGCAGGUUGUUGGUUGCCUGGAAAACCAAUAAAGGCUUAAUUGAAAAAUCGGCGCCGGUCAGUCGAUGUAGUUAGGUGUCUAGUUUAAAAUAAAACAAACCCGGCUUCUCCAGCUUGAAGUAUAUUAAAAAAUCUCGGGACGCCGUUCAGGUACCUUUUUGAACCUUGAUCUCUGGAAAACUCUUAAACCGUAAGACUUGGAGACAAAAAAUUUUUUUCGUUCCAGUAACUCAUUGUGCCGAACAUUUAUGGAAAGUUUCGUCAAGACCGGAUGCACGGUGUAGGAGAUAAUUUGUGAGGGGGCGCCCUUAAAGUAAUGUGUUUUUUCGUUUCACAACAGUUAACUAAGUAAUGUUCUAGGGCACUCAAAAAUUGAGAACCUAGGCUUUAGACUGCUUUUACAUCUCCGAAGCGUUGCUAGUCAUAAACAGUCAGAUAAAAUAAUAAUAAAGCGUAAUUUCACGAUUUCUAGAAGUCAAAUGCUGAAAAGUUUUCGAAAACAGGGGCGUGGUCGUAUUAGAAAGUCAUGAUCUUCUAAGAUGAAUUUUACAAAAUUGCCUCAGAGAUGACCUUCUAUUCUGGACCGAGGGGAGGGGGAUUAGCAACUGUCAAGAGCGCAUAUAUCUGCUAAAUGUUUUGUCAAAUAGUGCUAUCAAAAUGCCAUGUAUAAGAAAAAUUAAAAAUGUAUAUAUAGAGAGCAAACAAUAGGAAAAGACUAAGACAGUCGAAAUUUUGCCUGUUUUCACUCCUUUUCCCUCAAAACCAACAUCAGACUCUUGAUCUGCACGAGGAACUGUAUCGAAUGACAUCCUUUACAAAUGUCUGUCAAAUAAAAAUAUUUGAUCGAAAAUCGUUUGUCUGACUGCUUUUAUGGGUUGCCUUCAAACUUCCUUAUGAUUCUCUGAUUGGUGAUGUUUAUGUCCUUGUCUUUGGGAGAACUGAAUCUUGCCGUUGCGAAUAUAUUGUCGAGUUCAUAAACAGCCUUGUAGAUGCAUUCUUUUCUAGGUCUCAUUAUGAUUUUUUUACGUUUUGUCAUCAGGUUAGUCAUGUGCUUACUGCAUAUUUAUAUAACUUUUUUUUGUUAAGUGUAUAGGUGAAAAUAUGAAAACGAGAGUUUACAUAUAGUUUGCAAAUUAAGAAAUAAAGAAAAGAACGAGAAAAAAAUAUUUCGAUCCGUCACUCAGUUUUUGAUAUUUUAGAGACAAAAAAAAAUGACGAAUAUGACACAAUAUAAUCAUUGUGGAAUGAAAAGAAAUAACAUUAAAAAAAGGAAAGAGAAAUCAAAGAGUUGCCAUACAAGAAGAAAAAAAUUUUAACAUGUUUUAUAAAGAGUACUAGUGAGAAGAGAGAGAAAUAGAAAAAAGAAAAUUUUUGUAACAUCAAGACUAUUAUAUUGAAUGUGUAAGAAUAGACAUUAAAAUUUAUUGAUAAUUAUUAAAAAAUGAUGUACUACUACGUUUUUACAUUAUUUUUAAUUUUUGGCUCUAUAACAGGUGCGUCGAAUUUAUUUUGAAAACUUUUAUACUUGAUGCUAGAACAGUUUCGUUGUUAGAUGCAUGGAACAUACAUCAUCGUCAACGUCGUCAAAAUUCCGAUGAAGGGAUAUCAAAUACAGGUAUAAGACAAGGAUCAGGUAUACCAUUUCCAAAUGUAAAUGAUAGAAGUGUUAAUCAACGACAGGGACCGUCAGGCUACGCUGCAGAUUUAAAGUAUGACAGUCAAAGGCAAUAUUUUGAUAUGAACGACCAGUCAAGACAAGUGAACCCUAUACAUAAUAAGCAACAACAAAAUCUAAAUAAUCCUCCACAAAAUUUUGCUCCUAUACCACAACAGCAACAAUCUUCACUAGAUGGUCAUUUUCGGCAACAGCAACGAAUCAAUCAACAGAAUAGCAAUCAAAAUUUUCUAAAUAACAAUGUUCAGAAACCAAUUGAUAACCUUUACCAGCAACAACCACAGUUUUUACCAAAUUUUCAACAAAAUGAACAAAUCAAUCCAAAUCAACAAAAUUUUGACAAAUUCAGUAAUCAACAACAAGAUAGUUUUAAUUUAAAUCUUCCCCAGAAUCGUAACGGUGAUCAACCGUAUCAAUUUCCUCCUUUUGCUCAAUCAAAUCAGUAUCCAGUGGACGCUGUACAACAAGGACUGAAGAAUAAUCAAGAAUUACCGCAAGCACGUGUUUACAUUGAUCAACAGCAGCAACAAAAUUUUAUCCCUUUGUCAGGCGAUCGAUCAGCCUAUCAACAACCUCCACAAAAUGGUAAUAAUAAUAAACGGAUCUCUUUUGGAAAAAGUAAUGGAAUUUAUCGCUCAGGUAAUAUCCAAAUGUCUCCAUUUGUCUCAAACGGUUGGUUUGAUAAUACAAAUAGAGAUUGGUUUUUAAAUAAUGGCUACUAUGUUAACGACGCACUAAGUAUGACAGGCAAAAUGAAAGAUAUUGGAUUAAGUAAUGGUCAACUUGUCUUAUCGAAACUAGCACGUGUUUUUCGAACUAGAGGAGAAAAAUCAUAUCCAAAAUAUCAGAUUACUGAUGGACGUGGAACAGUUUGUACAAACGUAGAAAACUUUGAAGGCUUUUCGUACGGUCAAUUUCCUUGUCCUUUACCCGAUACUGAUCCGUCUGCAGUAUUUUGUUGUGGAGAAAAAAAUCGUCAGUAUUGUUGUACUGAACAGGAAUUCGGUUCAUCUUUUAGUAAAUUCGAUCAAAAGCGUCCAUUAAAUGAAAAAACAAUUUCAGAUCACGACCGUCAACCAGAUGGUAGUAGUGGAUUAACGUCAAAUGAGAUGUAA